AUGGGCGAGUGGGCUGGUCUUCUUGCCCUUGUGGUCCCUGUCACAGAAAUGGUAAUCCCCCGUCAGGUCCUCCGGCCAGAACCUAACUAUCGUAUUCCCUGCAUUUAUUUCGACCGACCGAAGGUUCAGUGGUCUCUCAAAGACAAGUCGUUCUUUGGGCCCGGUCGUGCUGCCGAACCUCAUCUCAUCCAACACAAAGCGGGCUCUCAGAAUGAGUUGGACGAUCGCUCGCGCGAUCCUCUCAGACGAUAA